AUGGAAAUAAAAAACAAAUUAAAUACCUGGAGCAAUGUAGAUCAUAUGUAUAAAAGGGUUAAAAAAAAAAAAUGUAAAAAAAAUAUUUUCUAUCUAAUAUUUUUAAUAUCAAUCAGUUUAUUAGGUUAUUUUCAAUCACCAAAUUUUGUUGUUUUUGCAAAAAUUAAUGACAAAAAAAAGAAUGUCAAAUUAGACAACGCACCAACUGAUACACCAAAUAGCGAAUCGAUAAAUAAAGAAAAUAAUAAAUUAGAUAAUGAAACAAAUAGUAUAAAGGAAAAUAAUUUUGAUUCUAAAAUAAAUGAAAAUGUUUAUAAUACAAACAAUAAAAUUCGUAACGAAUUACUUUUUCAAUCAUUUAACAUUAGAAGUUUUGAAGAGGAAAGAUAUAAAUUAAAAUUCGUAGAAAAAUAUAUUAUAAAUAAUCCAGAACUAUUUAAUAAUGAUAAUUUAAUAUUUGAUACACUAAGUAAUUUUUAUAACGGACUUAUAGAUAGUUAUAUAAACCCACCUAUUGAUGGAGAUAAUACAAGUUUGCCAUUAAAUGAGAAAAAUGUAAAGAUUAAUGAAAUUAAAAAAUUAAUAAUUUUUAAAUUUUCAAAAUAUGGCUUAGUUUUAUUCUGUUUUUUUCUUGGAAUUAAAUUAUUUUUUUCCCUUUUUCAAAAAUUAGUAAAAUUCAUAUUCAUUUUAUUUUUUAAAAUUUUAAAAUUCUGUUGUUGUGGUGGCCGAUAA